GUGGGCAAACGGUUCUCGCAAAUUAUUAAGGUAAACGACGAUAGUACUGGUUAGUCGGUAUUAUUAAUCUCCCAAUUCCAUUCCCAUUUGGAGGAGCUAUUCAAUUUCACACAGUGACCAAAUCAACGGCCGAUUGGAUCAUCCAUGACGUCAGUUUCAGUGUUCAGAGGCUUCGUUCAUGGCCGUUGCGCCCCUCUUUUCACGCACCAAUCUCAGUUGCCUGUUACAAGCAUAUUGAUUGGAUCAAAGAAGCUUGCGUAUCGAUCUAACGGGUUAAGACUUUAUGCAAGAUACUCAGAAUCACAAUCAGCACAGACACAAGAUCUUUUUACUUCUCGUCUUCAAGAUAGUAUAGAGAAUUUGCCGAAACUUGUGGAGGAUAUUGUCCAGACAUCUAUCAAUACAGGCCCUCGUGGAGCUUUACGACUGGCCCAAGGUAUUCAAGCAGUCAUUGGUGUUGGUGGCGAGUGGCUAACUGAAUUAUCACAGUCACGGAAUUCACCUAGCGGAAUACCAUCACAGCUUCAGCUUGGAUUGCUAUCACCUCUUUACCUCAGGAAAUUAUUCGAACGUUUGGGUGCUACCUAUAUCAAGUUAGGUCAGUUCAUAGCAUCGGCUCCCACGUUGUUUCCAGAAGAAUACGUGCAAGAAUUUCAGUAUUGUUUCGAUAGAGCUCCAGUUGUUCCUUUCGAUGAGAUUAAAAGUAUUCUGCAUGAAGAUCUAGCAGCCCCAAUUGAUAGUAUCUAUGAGUAUGUCGAUCCUACACCGCUUGCCUCAGCUUCAAUAGCACAGGUACAUGCGGCAAGGCUUAAAGGAUCGCAAGCAGAUGUAGUAAUAAAGGUCUUGAAACCUGGAAUCGAAGACGUAUUAGUUGCAGAUCUGAACUUCAUUUACGUUGUUGCCCGCGUUGUAGAGUUCUUGAAUCCUGAACUGAGUCGUGCAUCACUGGUUGCGAUUGUGAAUGAUAUAAGAGCAUCGAUGCUUGAAGAAGUGGACUUUAAGAAAGAGGCAGCAAACAUAGAGUCGUUUAGAGGAUACCUUGAGUCAAUGGGGCUUACAAGGCAGGCCACUGCUCCUAAAGUGUAUCCAGAGUUUAGUACGAAAAGAGUUCUAACAAUGGAGAGAUUAUAUGGAGUCCCGCUUACCGAUUUGGACUCGAUAAGUUCUCUUGUUGCAAGUCCGGAAACCAGUCUCAUAACCGCCCUUAACGUUUGGUUUGGUAGUUUACUGGCAUGUGAAACUUUCCAUGCAGAUGUACAUGCUGGUAACUUAUGGCUAUUACGCGAUGGACGUAUCGGUUUUCUUGAUUUUGGUAUUGUCGGACGGAUAUCACCAAAAACAUGGAGUGCUAUGGAAGUGUUUUUGGGUUCAAUCGCAACCGAAGAAUACGAGUCAAUGGCCUCUGCCUUGAUCGAAAUGGGUGCUACAAACACCAAUAUAGACUCUAGAGCAUUUGCUAAAGAUUUGGAAAAGAUCUUUUCAUCUAUACAGGAUUUGGAUACAGAAGUUGUUGUUGCUACAGCCACUCGAAGAGAUACAAAUGCAACUGCUAUAUCGGCCAAUUUAGUUGUUGAUGAAAGGCAGAUGAAUGCACUGUUUCUUGAUGUGGUACGGGUCAGUGAGUCAUACGGGUUAAGAUUCCCUCGGGAAUUUGCACUGUUAAUGAAACAGCUCUUGUAUUUUGAUCGCUACACUCGAUUACUAGCUCCCAACAUGAACAUGCUUCAGGAUCAAAGGAUUACGAUUGCCUCAAAUAGAAAAACUACCAACCGAAACAUUUACUAGUCUGCCAUUGAGAAUCGUCAUCCGUGUAUAGCAAUAGUACUCAAGUAAAUACUUGCAGAAAGCGAUUAUGUAAAGCAUCAAUUCAUGUAAUGCAAAUGUACCAUCAUGUGGAAUCAUAAUCCUAAAGGUGAUACGUUAAACCUUACCUGUGUACCGGCUUAUAAAUUCCUA